GCUCUAGCCGCCAUUGCCGCCUCCUCCCGGCGGGCGCCGCGCCGCGGGUCUUGCGAGAAUACCGCCCGCCUGCCGCGCGCCCGCCCGUUGGCCGGUAACGGCGCGGGGCGGGGCGGGCGCCGCUUUGAAUCGGCGCGGGAGCCGGGGCUGCGGCGCGACAUGGGGCCGCUGGAGCUGGUUGCCGGGGCGCAGCCGGAGGAGGCUGCUGCUGCUGUCGGCCCGAGGCGCAUCGAGGUCCCCCGGCCCCCCUCCAUCGAGGAGUUCACCAUCGUGAAGCCCAUCAGCCGCGGCGCCUUCGGGAAGGUGUACCUGGGCCGCAAGGCGGGGAGGCUCUACGCUGUCAAGGUGAUGAAAAAAGCAGACAUGAUCAACAAAAACAUGGUUCAUCAGGUCCAGGCAGAGAGAGAUGCGUUGGCCCUCAGUAAAAGCCCUUUCAUUGUGCACUUAUACUACUCGCUUCAGUCAGCUAAUAACAUCUAUUUAGUGAUGGAAUACCUUAUUGGUGGAGAUGUCAAAUCUCUUCUCCAUAUUUAUGGAUAUUUUGAUGAAGAAAUGGCUGUUAAGUAUAUUUCCGAAGCAGCAUUGGCUCUUGACUAUCUUCACAGGCAUGGGAUAAUCCACAGGGACCUGAAGCCAGACAAUAUGCUCAUUUCGAAUCAGGGCCAUAUAAAGUUGACAGACUUUGGGCUUUCCAGAGUUACCCUGAACAGAGAGAUAAAUAUGAUGGAUAUCCUUACCACACCAUCAAUGGCAAAGCCAAAACAAGACUACUCACGUACUCCAGGACAAUUGUUGUCUCUCAUCAGUUCUCUGGGUUUUUAUACUCCUGUUGGAAUGAAAAUGCCAGGGCCUGAUUCGAGUCAAUCAUCUGACAGUCAGUACGGAGUGGUUUCUCCCUUGCCUGUGGUCCAAAAGGAAAAUACCCCUCUUUCAACUAAAUUAUUCAAAACAUAUCUUGAUACUUCUCAAUUAACUCCUGUGAUGCCAAUGAGAAGCUUAACUCCUACUCUGCUUCAGUCAAGAAGAAGGUUUGGUACCUCCAGUGCCAGUAGUCAGUCACACCCAUACCUGUCCAGUAUAGACUCAGAAUACUGCAGCAGCCCAAAGUGGGAGAAAGAUGUAGAGCAAAGCGAAGGUGAACCAUGUUCUACAACAAGCAAAACAAGUAACAGUGGAUCAGCUUUCCUUUCUAAUGUAGAAUUACCAAAUAGCAAAGGUAUUAAAGUUUCAAAGAAGAAAGAGCUGGAGCCUGCCGUUUCUCCCAUCAGCAGCAAUGAUUCUGGCAGUAGGCAGAAGCUGGGAAGUGAAUGUUCUGAUAUAACAGAUACUCCUGUGACCACACUGGAUGUGAAAGGCAUAGUCAGAAAAUGUCUUUCUGAAAAUAAGAUUUGGGAAGAAAAAGCCUUCGUAAGUAAAAGAGAGCUGACUAAUGAAACGGCGGAAAUUUCUAAUCGACAGCAGUCACUUUCAAGGCAGAAUGAGCCUGUCAAGCUUAUCAAAGAGGAAGAAAUUUUUGAAAAGCCAGGUAUAAAAAGAAGCUUUGAAUUAGUUGACACUAGUCCUUGUCAGGAGGUUAACUAUGUUAAAAAAAGCAAUGCAGAGUACAAACGUGGCUGUCGGAUCUCAGAAUUUCCAGCAAACAGAAGGACAGGUUUGACAACAGAAAUUCAAUCCUUAAUGCUUUGUGAUGAUGGAUGCCUACGUGACACCUGCAAAAGCAAUGAAAAAGUUAAGAGUUUUAUUGGUAACCAGCAAGCAGUAGAAAGAUCACUUACUCCAGUUAUAGCCAAAAAUCUUAUGUGUGAUCUGGAUGCAGACUGUUAUGAAAAGGGUGAUAAAGAGGAGUAUAUGAACUCAAGUUCUAUAGGCACUGAUAAUGAAAAUCCUUUAGGAAUCCUCCGUGCAGACUUGGACUCAUCAUUUCCUGAAACUGCUGUUACAGAACGCCAUUUAGAAAAGCAGCUUUUGGAUUUGGACAAAAGUGUUAAAGACCUCUCCUUUGAGGAACCAAAACCAGAAGGCAUGGCAAUAACAUCACCGGAGUCCCGAGAUGCCUCACAAAAUGAAAAGGAAGCACACACUGUCCAGGACUGCAAGCUGUUACAUCAUGGAACAGAUAAUGACCAAAAGCACAUGAAAGAAACUUCCUUCGACAUGGUGUCUUCUUCAGAAAAGAUGACAGAAGCACUGAAUCUCUUAAAAAAAAAUGCUGUUGUUUUUCGAAGUUAUAAUAGUCCAAUUAAUACAUCCAAUGUAUCUGAGCCAUGUAGCAUGGCUUCCUUGGAUAUAAUGGAUCUUUCACCCGCUUGUAGCGGCUCUUACCCAACAGCUAUUACUCCAUUACAAAGAGGAAGACUGUAUAGGGCCUAUCAGACUCCUCGUCAGGGAGAUGCUGACACACCAUACAGGACUCCAAAGAGUGUCAGAAGAGGAGCUGCCCCAGUGGAAGGUGAACGCAUCCUAGGGACCCCAGACUACUUGGCACCUGAGCUGCUUUUGACAAAGCCUCAUGGUUCUGCUGUAGACUGGUGGGCCCUUGGAGUUUGCCUGUUUGAGUUUCUAACUGGAAUUCCACCUUUUAACGAUGAAACACCAGCACAAGUCUUCCAAAAUAUUUUGAAAAGAGAUAUUCCCUGGCCUGAGGGUGAAGAGAAGCUGUCUGAUAAUGCCCAAAAUGCGAUAGAUAUCCUUCUAACAAUUGACAGUACUAAGAGAGCUGGACUGAAGGAACUGAAACAUCAUCCCCUCUUUCAUGGUGUGGACUGGGACAAUCUACAGAAUCAAACUAUGCCAUUCAUACCUCAGCCAGAUGAUGAAACCGAUACCUCUUACUUUGAAGCUAGGAAUAAUGCUCAGCACCUGACUGUGUCUGCAUUUAGCUUAUAGCAUCAAGAUGUCAACUUUCUUCAUGUUUUUGCACACUUACAGCUUCUCCUGUAACACUUCCUUGGUAAAUUUAGAGUGUGUUUUAAGCUAUCAGUUUUUAUUAUUGUAUCCUUUUAUUCUGAAGUGAAACUACUGUAUGAAACUUGGCUGGUAUCAAGUGCUUUCAUGUUACUUUUUACCUUAUUGCACCUUACUAAGAGGCCAGAGCGUUGUAUUUCUUAGAGCUAGUAACGCUUGGCAAUGAUGGGGUUUUUUUUUAAUAGCAAUGAGUAACUCCAGUUAGGUGGCAUGAAGUAGUUUCCCGGUUAAACGUAACAGGGAAAGGACAUAAAUGCAUGCUAAUUGUAUCUAAUUAUCAACUUACCUGUUGGUGGUUCAGUGUGAUGGCAGUCUUGUUUGGGAGUAGUCCUUUCUGACCAGUUUGAAUAUGUAUCUACUGUGCAAAACUGACGUUUCUAUUAGAGGUGGAAAACUGAAAAUUUAAUGCAGCAUUGAAAUGCCUUACUUCUUACUGUUUUUUUUCUUAGAGAAAUGUCAAACCUUCUCUUAAAAACAUUAUUCUAAAAGAAAACUGUGGUGGUUCUACCAUAGUUUUGUAAUGCAAUACAACAUCAUAAAUUCUGUAGAAUAAAUAGGCCAACUGACAAAGCAGAAUGUUUAAUGUAAACACAGCAGUAUAGUGAUAAAUUCUGCACAGUUAGCACUGAAGACUUGCAAUACCCCAUACUCUUGAAUGUACUUGCAUUUAUCCUGCUCAUAUCAAAUAUGGAGUUAAAUUUCACAUGCAUGUUGUUGGGGUCUGUGGUGUGGUUUUGUUUGUUGUGGGGUUUGGGGUUUUUUGUGUGUUUUGUGAAUAAAUCUAAGAUUCACCUUUUUCAAUGUGGAAUUCCUUGUCAACUCUUAAUCCCCUUGGCUUUGCCCCACUUACUGCUUGACUUCAAAUACAACAGGCAAAAGCACAAAAAGCUACAAUGUAGUAGCUGAAAGAUUUAAAGUUUCUUCUCAUUACUGAUCAACUACAAGUAUCUGUGUAAGUUGGCAAAAGUUUCUGACCCUUAGAAGCUUUGGAAUACCACUCGGCAAGUCCUUUCGCUGUUACAUGGUGUUUCUUGAAGGCCUAACCUUGCUUUGCUGUGCGUAACCUACGUAUAAACCCUGUAGCUUCCAGGUUAUCUUGGGAGACAGCUCAUCUGCUGUUAGCUGGACAGGAGUGUGCUAAAAACUAUAGAAGUGAGUAACUACCCACUUACACAGAAACAGCAGUCUUGGACAGUUACCGCUAACUUGCUGUUAGGUGCACCUACACGCUGUGCAAUGUUUGGAGGCUGAAACUUUGAAAUGCUGCUGUGUGUUCUUGAGCUUGUAGGUUCCAGUUUCAGCAUGACCAGGUUUACUAAUGGUUACUCUUAUGGCAAAAUGUAUUCUUUUCCUCUCUACUACACUCUCAAAAAACUUACUUUGCACACUUUUGGGUAAAUACAUAAAAUACUGUGGUCUUGC